UCUUAACUUUCUUUUCGGAAAUGCAGAGAAUUUCCGUAAAUACUGAGAAAACACUAAAGAAACUAGAAAGCUUCCUUGCAUGUUUGACGGUUAAUUAAAAAUUUCUGUGUUAUGGGACCGUUACACGGAACCACUGGAUUUUACAAAUCGCCAUCCAGUAAAGGAUUACUAACUGCUACAUUAUUAUCAUCAUUUGCCUUGAACUUUCCAUUUCAACAAUACAGACAUUAUUUCUGGUAUAACCCACAACUAAUUGUAGAAAAACAACAGUUAUGGAGAAUAUUUUCAUCAAAGGUAGCUUACUUGGAUCUCAAAGACAUGUGUUGCUGUUCUAUUUUAGUGUACUACUUUAGAAUAUUUGAGAGGCGAUAUGGUUCAAGAAAAUUUGUGUCCUAUUUGUUGUCAACAGCUAUUAUAUCAACAGCCUUAGAAUUAUCUGUGAUGUAUUUACUCCAACAUUUACAGAUAAAAUUACAGCCAUUGCCUUCAGGACCGCUAUGUAUGCUCUAUCCACUGUUUGUCCCAUACUAUUGUGAAGUACCUCGAGUGGUAUUUGGACAUAUCUUUGGUAUACCAAUGACUGGGAAGUCAUUUCAUUAUAUACUAGGACUUCAGAUUGCCAGUACAUCUAAAGAAUCAAUUCUUGUUGCCAUAUGUGGGUUGCUCUCAGGAUUACUGUGGAAAGCCAAUUUCUUUAAAGCACAGAGUUUUAGGAUACCAACAUUUAUUGCCAAACUAUUUGGAUGCACUAUACAAAAGUUGUUUGAAAGUAAUCCACCAAAAGAUCUACAGAAACCCAUUGGUGCCACCAGGGAAAUACAGAGACAAGAACAUAUGGAACAGAUGGAACAACAAUUAUUAUGGCAGACAUUUCAGCAACAACCUCAACAAAAUGGAUGGUUUAAUUUAAACAGAGACCAGAAUAAUGGUCCAGGAAUAUUUGGCAAUGGUUUAAAUAAUGAUUUAUUUGAUAAUGAACCUGAUGAAGGUCAAGAACUGUUUGGAGUAAGGCACAGAAGAAACAACCAUGAUGAUAAUCCAGUAGAAGUUUCAGAAGAUCAGGUACAGCACUUAUUAGACAUGGGCUUCAAUGAGGACCGUGUGAGAAAUGCACUCCAGAUUUCAAAUAAUGACAUUUCUACAGCAACUUCAGUGCUUUUACAAGAAUCUUGACAUAAUAAACUUAUUUUAACACAUUUUAUAUAAAAUAAUAUUUUGAA